ACUCGUGUUCAUACCCACCACCUCGAGCGCAGCCUGCACGCACACCUUACCUCACUUCACCUCACCUCAUCACCCGCAUCACCCCGUUCCCUUCCCGCUAGCGCCUCACCACCAUGUCGUCGAAGCCGAUUCGCGAGCUCGACGCCAAGUUGCUCGUCAACUACUGGCUGCCUCGCUCCCCGGCUGCUCACCCUUCCAUCGAGGCUUCGUCGUCCUUUGUCGCACCGGCGCCCAAGGUCGCUCAAGUUGCCUGGGAUGCGGCAACCAACACCAUCACCGGCGAUGAGUCGAUGCCCUCGUGGGUCAAGACGACCAAGCUCGUCGCCAAGCCUGACCAGCUCAUCAAGAGGAGAGGAAAGGCCGGCCUCCUCAAGCUCAAUGCUGAUUGGGAGGAUGCAAAGCAGUGGAUCGUCGAGCGAGCAGGGAAGCCCCAGAAGGUCGAGGCUGUUACGGGCACUCUGAGCAACUUCAUCGUCGAGCCUUUCGUCCCUCACCCCGCUGAGACCGAGUUUUACGUCUGCAUCAACUCAGCUCGUGAAGGCGACUACAUCCUCUUCACACACGAGGGCGGUGUUGACGUCGGAGACGUCGAUGCUAAGGCUCUCAAGCUCCUCAUCCCAGCAGACCCAGCAGAGCCAUUCCCGUCUCGCGAGCAAUGGACCUCGACGCUUCUCACCAACGUGCCCGCCGCCAAGAAGGAGAUCCUCACCGACUUCCUCGUCCGCCUAUACUCCGUCUAUGUCGACCUGCACUUUGCCUACCUCGAGAUCAAUCCCCUCGUCGUCAUGGACAAUGGCCUCAUCACAUACCUUGACAUGGCAGCCAAGCUCGACCAGACGGCAGACUACCUUUGCGGGCCCAAGUGGUCCAUUGCCCGUGACCCCAGCGUUUACGUCGAAGGCGCAGCCGCAGCCGCCGUCCCCACGCUCAAGGGUGGUGACCGUGGACCGCCCAUGUACUGGCCCGCUCCCUUUGGCCGUGACCUGACCAAAGAAGAGGCCUGGAUCGCCAAGCUUGACUCUGGAACAGGUGCUUCCCUCAAGCUCACCGUCCUCAACCCCACUGGUCGCAUCUGGACCAUGGUGGCCGGUGGUGGUGCCUCGGUCGUCUACUCAGAUGCCAUCGCCGCCCACGGCUUCGCUCACGAGCUGGCCAACUACGGAGAGUACUCUGGUGCCCCCACUGAGGGUCAGACGUACGAGUACGCCAAGACUCUCCUCGACCUCAUGACCCGCGGCGAAGUCAACCCGGAGGGCAAGCUCCUCAUCAUCGGUGGUGGUAUCGCCAACUUCACCAACGUCGCUGCUACCUUCAAGGGUAUCAUUCGCGCUCUCAAGGAGUACAAGGUCGCUCUCGCAAAGUACGGUGUUCGCAUCUUCGUCCGCCGUGGUGGCCCCAACUACCAGGAGGGUCUGCGUAUGAUGCGCCUCCUCGGUGAGGACCUCGGCGUCGAAAUCCAAGUCUUUGGCCCCGACACGCACAUCACCGACAUUGUGCCCCUCGCUCUUGGCCUCAAGACGUCCGAGGACAUCAACCUUGCCAACGCCCAGCGCGAGGUUCCCUCUGGCGCCGUCACGCCGGCAGCUGCGCCCAACGGCAGCACUCCGGCCGAGGCUAGCACCGGCACCAUCGACCCCGUCACUGGUAACCGCGCCCAGCCCCAGGACCAGAUCGUCCACUUCCCCGCCGCAGCUGGUGGCUCUGGCCGACCCGCUCACAUGCCCUUUGACGAGAACACUCGCUCUCUCGUCUUCGGUCUCCAGCCCCGUGCUAUUCAGGGCAUGCUCGACUUUGACUUCUCGUGCGGCCGUGCUCAGCCCUCGGUCGCUGCCAUGAUCUACCCCUUCGGCGGCCACCACAUCCAGAAGUUCUACUGGGGAACCAAGGAGACUCUCCUUCCCGUCUACACUAGCGUCAAGGAGGCCGUCGCCAAGCAUCCCGACGCCGACGUCAUUGUCAACUUUGCUUCGAGCCGCUCCGUCUACCAGUCGACCCUCGAGAUCCUCCAGUACCCUCAGAUCCGCGCACUCGCCCUCAUCGCCGAGGGUGUGCCCGAGCGCUUCGCUCGUGAGAUCCUCCACCGUGCCGCUCGCGCUGGUGUCCUCAUCAUCGGCCCCGCUACCGUCGGUGGUAUCAAGCCUGGCUGCUUCCGUAUCGGUAACUCUGGCGGUAUGAUGGACAACAUCCUCUCGUCGAAGCUCUACCGUGCUGGCUCCGUCGGCUACGUAUCCAAGUCCGGUGGUAUGUCCAACGAGCUCAACAACAUCCUCUCCCUCACGACAAACGGUACCUACGAGGGUAUCGCCAUUGGCGGUGACCGCUACCCGUCGACGACGUUCAUCGACCACCUCCUGCGCUACCAGGCGGACCCCAACUGCAAGCUUCUCGUCUUGCUCGGUGAGGUCGGUGGUGUCGAGGAGUACCGCGUCAUCGACGCUGUCAAGCAGGGCAUCAUCACCAAGCCCAUCGUCGCCUGGGCCAUCGGCACGUGCGCUAAGAUGUUCACCACCGACGUCCAGUUCGGCCACGCCGGCUCCAUGGCCAACUCUGACCUCGAGACUGCCUCGGCCAAGAACGCCGCCAUGAAGGCUGCUGGCUUCCUUGUCCCCGACACGUUCGAGGAGCUCCCCAUGCUCCUCCGCGAAGUCUACGCCAAGCUCGUCUCGCAGGGCACCAUCGCCCCCAAGCCUGAGCGCCCUCCCCCGGCCAUCCCCAUCGACUACAAGUGGGCUCAGGAGCUUGGCAUGAUCCGCAAGCCUGCCGCCUUCAUCUCGACCAUCUCCGACGAGCGUGGCUCCGAGCUCAUGUACUCGGGCGUCAAGAUCUCCGAGGUCUUCGAGUCCGGCAUGGGCAUUGGUGGCGUUCUCUCGCUCCUCUGGUUCAAGCGUCGUCUCCCCGCUUACUGCACCAAGUUCAUCGAGAUGGCUCUCAUGCUCACGGCCGACCACGGACCUGCCGUCUCCGGCGCGAUGAACACGAUCAUCACCUCGCGUGCGGGCAAGGACCUCGUCUCGUCGCUCGUCUCUGGUCUCCUCACCAUUGGUGACCGCUUCGGUGGUGCCUUGGACGACGCUGCCAAGACCUUCUCGCAGGCCAAGGACCGUGGGCUCACCCCUCGCGAGUUCGUCGACGAGAUGCGUCGCGGCAACAAGCUCAUCCCUGGUAUUGGCCACAAGGUCAAGUCAGUAACUAACCCGGACUUCCGUGUUCAGGUCCUCGUCGAGCACGUGCGCAAGGAGUUCCCCGCCCACUCCAUGCUCGACUACGCUCUGGCUGUCCAGGCCGUCACGACGGCGAAGAAGGACUCCCUCAUCCUCAACGUCGACGGCGCCCUGGCAGUCUGCUUUGUCGACCUGCUGCGCGACUCGGGUGCCUUCACCCGUGAAGAGGCCGACGAGGCCAUUCAGAUCGGCACUCUCAACGGUCUCUUCGUCAUUGGUCGCUCCAUCGGCUUCGUCGGACACCACCUCGACCAGAAGCGUCUCAAGGCGCCUCUGUACCGCCACCCUGCCGACGACAUCUUCGUCGACAUGCCCAUGCGCGUCCUCGCCAAGGGCAAGUAAGCCGGUGCCCCACGCACGGCGUGAGAUAGUGCUACGGUCUCUUCUCCCUCUAUACUCUCCUUCUCGUAU